CUGAUAACAAGUAAAACUGUGUAUGUGCACUUGAUAUAAAAAAAAACAACUAUUUUCACCAUUAUUUAUUUAUUAUUUGUGAAUGCAACUAAACUAAUUAAAUAACCACGUCACAAUGGCCAGUAGCGCCACAAGCGUGGCCGUCUCGCAAAUAUUAAAGACCAAACAAGAUUUAGAAGAUGAACCUCAAAAAAAGUCCAGAGAAGACUGGAAAAAGGCAAAAGAACUUGAAGAAGCCCGGAAAGCGGGUACCGCCCCCGCUGCUGUCGAUGAAGAGGGUAAAGAUAUUAACCCUCAUAUUCCCCAGUAUAUAUCCAAUGCCCCUUGGUACUAUGGAACUAGUGGUCCUACUCUUAAACAUCAGAGGCCACAAGAGGAUCGCCAGAAGAAGUUUUCUGAGAUCAACGAGUGGUAUCAGAGAGGGGUUGAUACAACGAAAAUCGUAACAAAAUUUAGAAAAGGUGCUUGCGAAAACUGCGGAGCAAUGACUCAUAAAAAGAAGGACUGCAUGGACAGACCCAGGAAAGUUGGAGCAAAAUUCUCCAAAUCCAACAUUUUACCUGACGAGUUCAUCCAGAAAAAUUUAGCUUUGAGUUUUGAUGGGAAAAGAGACAGGUGGAGUGGCUAUAAUCCCCUGGAACACAAAACAGUCAUAGAAGAAUUCCAGAAGGUUGAAGAAGCCAAAAGACAACUGAAAGCUGAUAAAUUGGAUGCUGAAGACUCUGAUGAUGGUGAAGAAAAAGAUGAAGAUAAAUAUGUGGAUGAAGUUGACAUGCCUGGUACUAAAGUCGACAGCAAACAAAGGAUCACCGUAAGAAACUUGAGAAUCCGUGAAGACACUGCGAAAUAUUUGAGAAACUUGGAUCCCAAUUCAGCCUAUUAUGAUCCAAAAACACGUUCUAUGAGGGAGAAUCCCAAUCCUGGACAAGGAGACCAGUUUCAAGGUGAGAACUUUGUACGUUUCACUGGAGACACGGUAGGGCAUGCCAAAGCCCAAUUAUUCGCAUGGGAAGCAUAUGAAAAAGGUGUUGACAUCCAUUUAUUAGCGGAACCGACGAGGCUAGAAGCACUUAAGAAGGAAUUCGAGCAGAAAAAAGAGCAAUUCAAAACAAAAGCUCAAUCAAGUGUCUUGGAAAAGUAUGGUGGAGAAGAACAUCUGCAGGCCCCACCAAAAUCGUUACUUUUAGCCCAAACUGAGGAAUAUAUAGAGUAUUCUAGGUCAGGAAAAGUCCUGAAAGGCCAAGAGAAACAGGAAGUGAUGUCUAAAUAUGAAGAAGACGUUUAUAUCAAUAAUCAUACAUCUGUAUGGGGAUCUUAUUGGGAAGGCGGACAAUGGGGUUAUAAGUGUUGCAGAUCAUUUUUAAAGCAUUCCUAUUGUAUUCCUCAAGGCACUCAGCAAACUGAAACUACUUUAACCAAUACACCAUUGGUAACACCAGAUGAGGAACCUGUUAGAAGUACUGAGGACAACUCCUCAAAUGAAGAAAGUACCAAAAAGAAGAAAAAGAAGAGGAGCAAAGAGUAUAGUGACGAGUUCAAGCUAGAAAAAGCCCUGGAAGAGGAAGAGAAGAGUCAGAAGAGAGCGGAUUAUUUGUUGUCGUUGGACGAAAGGAAAAGGCCAUAUAAUAGCAUGUUUGAAGUGAAGAAACCUACUGAAGAAGAAAUGGAGGCUUAUUAUUUAAAAAGGAGAAGGGAUGAGGAUCCCAUGAAUAAUAUAAAAUAGAGUGUUAAUAUUUUAAGUGUAUGUAAAUAAAAAUAAAAGGUCAAUAAACAAA